AUCUACAAUGUUUGGCGCAGCCGUGACAACCGCAAGGGCAGACACGCUCUCGCCCUGACGCCCUCGGCCGACGCCAGGGGUGUUCUCGCCGGUGAGGGCACUAAGUUCACAAACACAUGGUCUGCAACGAUGGCUGGGAUCGGGCGGAUGGCUUUGCGGUAUCCGGUGUGGGAUGUUUCGUAUGAUGUCGCUACUAUCUUCACUCUUGGAUCAAUCGUCUGGGUCAUCAACGGCUUUUUCGUCCUCCUCCCUACCACCUUCGCAGGGGAGUCCACCUGGGGCGGCGGCAUCUCCGCCGUCGUGGGCGCCACCAUCUUCGAAGUCGGGAGCAUCCUCCUCAUGCUUGAGGCCGUCAACGAGAACCGCUCCGAGUGCUUCGGCUGGGCCCUCGAGCACAGCGCCGAGGACCUCAAGCUGACCCUGACGCGCGACAAGGACGGGUGUCGGCAUCAUCAUGCGCAGAAAACCCGGUGGUUGGGAAAUGGGAGCGGGAACGACGGUGGUGGUGGUGAUGAUAGCCAGGCUGAUGGGGACGCGGCACCCGACCAGGGGAGGAGGAUGUGGACCUGGUGGCCGUCGUGGUACGAGCUGCGGACGCACUACUUCCGCGAUAUUGGUUUUCUCGCCUGCCUGUCGCAGAUGAUUGGGGCCACCGUCUUCUGGAUCUCGGGAUUCACGGGCCUUCCUCAAAUUCUGGACGUGCUCUCCCUGCCUGCUACGAAUGGGAUCUACUGGUUACCUCAGGUAGUCGGCGGCACGGGUUUCAUCGUCUCCAGCUGGCUAUUCAUGCUCGAGACGCAAAAGAAGUGGUACAUCCCCGCCCCCAAUGUCCUAGGCUGGCACAUUGGCUUCUGGAACCUCAUUGGCGCCAUAGGCUUCACCCUCUGUGGUGCCUUCGGCUUCGCGUCCAGCAAUGAGGCUUGUGAGCUGGCUGGCAUCUGGUCCACGUUUAUCGGCUCGUGGGCAUUUUUGAUUGGCUCCGUUGUCCAGUGGUACGAGUCCCUGGACAAAUACCCCAUC